AGCAAAGGGGAGCAGAGGAAGCCGACUGAGGAGGACAUGUGCCAUCGACGUACAGCUGCAAACCUUAUUCCGGUUUACGUAGCAGCGCCUCCUGAUUCUUAUCCACGAUAUCUGAUUUCAGCAGCAAUGCCCUUCUGAUCUGGAAUCCUACUCGUCUUACUGGUAUUUACAGGCAUCUACUGGACGGCGAAUUAUUAGCAGAUCCCACGAUGGACGACACCCAUCGCGCGCGCCUUCGAGAGACGGCCGGCGACGGUUUCCUCAGAGGCGCAGCGCGCGGUGCGUUGUUCGGCAGCGUCGUCUCGUUUACCUGUCAAAAGUUCUCCAGCCGCUACCGUCUUCUCCCAAUGACUGUCAAAUCAUACAUGUUCUUCGCGUUCGUGGCGGUCGGCGGCGUGGUGCAGCAAGGGAAGCAGUCGAAGCGGUACGUGUACAACUACGUGUGGGAAGAGAAAGUGGGCGCGCCGCCGCCGGUGGCUGAUCCCGCGACGGAGAAGGAAGAUCGAUUGAUUCAGUACACUGAGCGUCUGAAGCGCGAAGUGCGCGAGAAGAGAGAGCAGGGGGAUUUAGAGAUCACGUAUUGA